AUCCUCUCACGGCACCAUUCGCCUCCUCGCAGCUGCAGCUCCGCGCUGCCGCCCCGUCUCGCCGCCGCUUCCUCCCCUCCCGCGAGGCAAUAACUUGGUCACUUUCUGCAGUAGGGAAGUUGUGUGGCCAUGCUGCAAGGUGAAGGGCUGCAACAGGGCGAGAAACAAAGACGACACUGAGCAAUACCUGCUUUCUGCCUCCAAACUUUCCUGCAGCUACAUAAGAGUUCUGAAUAAUCUUUCGUUUCCGUGGGAUAGAGAUGAUGCACCAGCAGAGCACUACGCUGCAGGCCCACCAGCAGUGACCCAUGGGAUGACAUAGCCCAGCGCACACCAGGCUCAUAGGAGUAACGUCAGGGAGAGGAGCAGGAGAGCUGAGUCUGGGCAGGAGGCAGCAUGGGAGCAAACGCCUCCAGCAAGUCACUGCCCUUCAAUGAGAACGAAGAAGUCACCUUCGACCAUUUUGAGAUACUGCGAGCAAUUGGGAAGGGCAGCUUUGGAAAAGUCUGCGUUGUACAGAAGAAUGACACCAAGAAAAUGUAUGCCAUGAAAUACAUGAACAAGCAGAAGUGCGUGGAGCGUAAUGAAGUGAGGAACGUCUUUAAGGAGCUGCAGAUCAUGCAGGGCCUGGAGCACCCCUUCCUGGUUAAUCUCUGGUACUCAUUCCAAGAUGAGGAGGACAUGUUCAUGGUGGUAGACUUGCUGCUCGGGGGGGACCUGCGUUACCACCUCCAGCAGAAGGUGCGAUUCCAGGAAGGCACCGUGAAACUGUUCAUCUGUGAGCUGGUGUUGGCCCUCGACUACCUCCAGAGCAGACACAUCAUCCACAGGGACAUCAAGCCUGACAACAUCUUGCUGGACGAGCAUGGACACGUCCACAUCACUGACUUCAACAUCGCCACAAUGCUGACUAAAGAAACACAAGUCACCACGAUUGCUGGCACAAAGCCGUACAUGGCACCUGAGAUGUUUAACUCCACAAAACCCAUCGGCUAUUCCUUUGCUGUGGACUGGUGGUCGCUGGGAAUCACUGCCUAUGAGCUGCUCAGAGCCCGGAGGCCGUACCAUAUUCACUCCAACACUCCCACAAAUGAAAUUGCUCAUGUAUUUAAGACAGCUACAGUGAUGUACCCUGCUGCUUGGUCUGAGGAAAUGGUGAUGCUGAUCAAAAAGCUGCUCGAGACAAACCCCGAUAAGCGUUUUUCUCAGCUGAAAGAUAUCCAGGACUUUCCGUAUCUGUCGGAUGUAAACUGGAAUGCUGUUCUCCAGAAGAGGAUAAUGCCAGAAUUCAUUCCUACGAAAGGAAGACUGAAUUGUGACCCAACCUUUGAACUUGAAGAGAUGAUCCUGGAGUCCAAACCUCUUCACAAGAAGAAGAAGCGCUUGGCUAAGAAGGAGAAAGACACCACCAAAAGCAACUCCUCACAGGCCUGCCAUCUUCAAAAGCACCUAGAGACACUCCAGAGGGACUUCAUUGUUUUCAACAGAGAAAAGGUGAGACACCAGCACAGUGAGAUCCAGCAGCACGCAGCUCUGGCCAAGUGCAGAGGCAUGCACAAGGAUGGCCAGAACAACAACCUCUGAGAGCCACAGCCCUGGCAGCAGGAGGCUCUGGGGCUGCCCCUGCAGCUUGCCACCAUUCAUUAGAAACAGCCCAUGACUUUGCCUUCCAUGGCAGCAGGAACGUGAUCGUGGGAGAAGGGUGAGCUGCUCAGCACUCUUCUAUUGGGGUUGGCCAGUUGGUAUCACAGCUGAGUGCCAGGCACGCACCCGCAGGAACAUGGCAUCGUCACCAGCACUUGCCAUGGUGGGAGCUGCAGCUGUGGGCCCUGGCUCUUUGGGCCAGGAUUCCUGCAUGGGUCCCUACAUGGAGCUGAUUUCUCCAGGUGGAAGACACUGCUCUGACUUGCGAUGCCUUCACUGGCAUGCAGCGGUGGCCUCAACUUGCAGAGAUCUGCAAACAUCCUCUGGAUGGCUGGAGCUGGCAGCAAGCCUCUUCCCCAGCUGGGCAAGGGCAGCGAGGCUCCAUCCAUGCCCCCUCUCUCCUCACUGCUUCCAGAGCCACCUGGCGCAGAGCCAGGCAGGCACACAGCUGCACAGGGAAGUGACAUGGUGACAGCCAAGUAUUGGUAAAUGAGCACCAUCCCAGAGCUUCUCCAGGCCAUCCUGAAAAACCAUUCAUAAACACCUUAAACUGCUGCAAAUUUCUGAAUCUGAUGGGGUCAUGGCUUCCAACAUCAGAGGUAAAUUUGAAUGCGUACUUUUCAUCUCUCUGCUGUUGUCUUCACACUUGAUUUAAGCAGCAACAGCUGUGCUCCUGGUGCAGAAUUUGCCAAGAGUGAGAUUGGACAAAGCAUCUCUAUUAUGGUAACGUUGGGUAUGAUGCUAUUAUUCAAAUGCUUUUGCAGACCAGACCUUUCACCUCUUUACCUGACAUUUUUCCUAAUCUCAACAACAUAAUAAACAUGUGAUGAACUGUCUGUCUCCCAUUUGCCCAAAGAUGUUCUUGUAUCCCCUGUGCCUUCCUGUCUCUCUUCUCUGGAUAAAUCUAAUUAAAAAAAAAUCCAAAUAAAACAGGC